AUGUCUUUAAAUCAAGAUGAUUCUUCAUCAAAAAAAGAAGAUCAUGUAGAAGAAAAAAUUAUACAAAAACGUAAAAAGUUUAGAAAAAAAAAAAGAAAGCGAAAGGUAAAGGUAAAGCAAUACAUAACAAGAAAUGUGUUAAACAAAAAUCGGCCCUUUGCUUUUUUUUUUUUUAAAUGUGCACACAGCAUAACAUUCUUUGCCAUCCAAACGAAUAAGUAUUUGAAUCUAUUUCUACGCAAUUACGCC